GAGCCAUCACAGAACACUCACUAUCUACUGAUGAAAAGAAGAGCAACAGGACUCAAGAUGGCUCUGGUCUUCAUUUCCCUCUCAUUAAUACUUGGAAUGUCCGCUGCUCUUCCUCAAGACAUGACAGGAAAGAUGCUGGUUUUUCCACAAGAAACGAACACGGCUCAUGUGAGACUCACCCCCUCCAGACAGAACCUGGGAGCGGUCACUGUUUGCAUGAGGUAUUUCUCAGACCUCACCAGACCAUUCACUUUUUUUGGUUUGGUGACGCCCUCAUACAAUAAUGACUUUCACAUAUUCAAGAUGCCUGCAAGAGAUGAAAUAAAUGUUGAUGUCAGAAAUAUUGUCCUAAAUUUUAAAGGGCAGGAUUAUCAGCUCAACAGGUGGCAGUCAGUGUGCGGCACGUGGGACGCAGCUUCAGGUCUGGUGCAGCUGUGGGUCGAUGGAAAACCUUCAAGUAUGAAAUUUGCCACUGAAUCCAACAUCAGUGGACCCAUGAUCAUUGUGCUUGGACAGGACCAGGAUUCCUAUGGAGGGAGUUUCGACAGUGGCCGGUCUUUUGUGGGCAUGAUCAGUGAUGUGCACAUGUGGGACUAUGUGCUCCCUCCACACCACAUAAACAACUACAGGCGCAAGUUUACUUUUCCACCUGGAAAUGUACUUAACUGGAAUUUAAUAGAGUUUCAGAUCGUUGGCAAAGUUCUGAUCCAGGAAGAACAACAUCUGUAGCGAGUGAUGUAUGGCUUGGUUGUCUGGUUUGUUGCAUUAACUGUAAAGGGCAUAACAAAACUUCCUAAGUAACAUAACUUCCAUCAAUGUAGUGAUGAAAAUGAUUAGCUGCAAUGACAAACCAUCUCUGCCAUUAGUUUGUAGAGUUACAUCUUUUACCUUCACACUUUUAGAGCCAUAAACUGAAGCUGCGAUCAAGGCAAUAACAAGCUCAAACCUCCAUGUGAAUAUUGAUAUUUACAGUUUUGAUACAAUAAAAAUGUUAAACAAAACACAAG